CGGUGCUGUCUGCGGGCGGUCCCGUGUCCCGGCGGGCGGUGUGAGUCGUGGAUGGUUCGUGGGUGAUACGUGCGCAAGCGCCUCGAGUUUCUCCUACAAGAUGUGUUCCACAAAUCCAGCAAAUUGGGUCACCUUUGAUGACGAGCCGCUCUUCCAGUCUCCUCAGAAAUCAGUGGAUAAUCAAAGUAGUUGUAAAGCAAACGGCCUUAAACUCAAUCUGUCUAGCAUGCAUGAGUCUUCAAGUAGGUCAUCUUCUACAAGCAGCACUCCACUCUCGUCUCCUGUAGUUGAUUUCUACCUAAGUCCUGGACCCCCCAGCAACUCUCCACUUACCACACCUACCAGAGAAUACCCAGGAAGUUCAUGCAUCUCCAAGUCUGGGAUUCACAUCCUUUAUCCCAUCCCUGAAUGGCCAUCAAAUGUUAACCUUCCUCCGUCACCCGGGAUUUGCUCAUCCCUAACCUCGCAGACACCGAGCAGCCUUCCUUUGAACACCUCACCUAGCGACCAUCCAGUGAAGACUUCAGUCUCCAAUACAACAGAUGAAGGAAGCCCGAAGCUGCCAGGAAGCUGUGAGGAGUUAGGGGAGUUGUCAUCGGCACCGGGGCACUUCCCAUACUUCCAGAGUGACUGCGCUUUUUCCAGUCCUUUUUGGAAGGAAGGGUGCUCGCUCAGCACAUCACCAGCUAAUGUUAGCACGCACAGGAAGGACAAAGCACUUGACAGGAGCAUCUGUCAUCCUAAAGACAAGGAAACUUGCCACGACCAGAAAAGCCUUAACCAGGGCUCCUUCAGUUACAUCUGUGAGAGGCUUGAACACCUGCAAGCUGAUAGCUGUGAUGCUGCAGGAAACCUGCCUAUCUCCAGCACUCAGGCAUGGCACAAGCAUUCCCCCUCCAUCCUACACAGCCUCUUCAGGAGCCGGAAAGCAGAUGGGUGGCCAUUCAUGUUGAGGAUUCCUGAAAAGAAGAACAUGAUGUCAUCUCGGCAAUGGGGCCCUAUCUACCUUAGCGUCCUACCUGGAGGUGUAUUACAGAUGUAUUAUGAAAAGGGCCUGGAGAAACCUUUCAAGGAAUUCCAGCUGCAGCCGCACUGUAAGCUGUCCGAACCCAAAUUAGAGAGCUAUAAUGUCUCAGGAAAAAUCCACACGGUAAAGAUUGAGUGUGUAUCUUACACAGAGAAGAGGAGGUAUCAUCCCAAAGUGGAGGUGAUCCAUGAGCCGGAGGUUGAGCAGAUGCUGAAGCUGGGCACCACAGAUUAUAAUGACCUUACCGAUUUCCUCGCAACGGUGGAGGAAGAGCUUAUGAAACUUCCUACCAUUUCCAGGCAAAGGAGGACUUAUGAAGAGCAAGAAAUGACUCUGGAAAUAGUGGAUAACUUCUGGGGGAAGGUCACUAAGGCAGAAGGAAAACUCACAGAAAGUGCCGUCAUCACGCAUAUCUACUGCUUGUGUUUUGUAAAUGGAAGUGCUGACUGCUUCCUAACCCUGAAUGACGUGGAGCUCCAGAAGAGGGACGAGCGUUACUUUGAGAAGGAGAAGAAAUGGAUUGAUAUUCUUGAUUGCCAUUUCCAUAACUGUGUUAAAGUGCAGGAAUUUGAGCAAUCACGAAUUAUUAAGUUUGCCCCCCCAGAUGCCUGUAGGCUGGAACUGAUGCGUUUUAGGACACGGUAUAAUGGGCAAGACCUUCCCUUUUCUGUGAAGGCUGCAGUAGUGGUUCAGGGGGCAUACGUUGAACUUCAGGCUUUUAUAAACAUGUCUUCAACUGCUCCAGUCCCAACUCGUUCACCUGCUGUGAAAUACUGUGAAAACGUUAUGAUACACUUUCCCGUUCCCACACAGUGGAUCAAAGCACUUUGGACCAUGAACCUCCAAAGGCAGAAGUCCCUAAAAGCAAAAAUGAAUAGGAGAGCGUGCCUUGGUGCUUUACAUGAGGUUGAAUCUGAUCCUGUAAUACAAGUCUCAGUUGGAACAGCAAAAUACGAGAGUGCCUACAGGGCGGUUGUGUGGAAGAUAGACAGGCUUCCAGAUAAAAACUCAAGUUCAGAUCAUCCACACAGCCUGUCUUACAAAUUGGAACUGGGAUCAGACCAGGAAAUACCAUCUGACUGGUAUCCAUUUGCUACUGUCCAGUUCAUUGUUCACGAUACCUGUGCCUCAGGAACAGAAGUCAAGUCACUGGGCAUAGAGAGCGAUGUGCAGCCCCAGAAACACGUGGUUCAGAAAGCUUUCUACAAUUGCCAGGUUGAAAUUGAAAAGAAGUGGAUCAGGCUUGAUGGAGAAGAUCCAGAUAAGGCUGGCAACUGCCUCAUGCAGUAGAAAAGGACAGGAGACACCGUCAUAGAUGUUAGUAGGCAUCAAGUUACACAGGAAAUCCUCUUGUUAGAGGAAGCACAGUGACCUAGUUUAGGGUAAACGUGGUCAUUUUAUUUCUUUUCUGCUUUUGGGUUUGAUUCUGCAAAUCAGUACUCGUUUGACUGGUCUGUGUUCAAGUAGACUUCCUGUCAUGGGAAUACUGGUAUGAGUAAGGUCUCUUUAAGAGUUGCAGGAUGUGAGCACUUAACUGACUGAUUCUAAUAUAUUAUUUUCCUGUUUGGUAUCUAUGACUUGGGAAUGAUCUCAUACUCUAUAUUGAAACCUAAUGGUUCUACUUAAAGAGUACAUGUCACUUGGACAUACAAUAUUCAGCAAUAAACCUGCCAGAGUGCUUAUGUGCAGACCAGCAUCUGUGUAAGAUCCAGCAGGACCAAUUACAUGUUUUAGUGGUGUCUGAAAACUGAAGUCCCCAUGUUUCUGCUCCCCUCAAUAUAUGUGAACAGAGCAAGUUAUAAUAUUACCCUUGACAAGAGCCUCAAAUAAUGAGUUGGAAAUGGGGUGAUUUCAUUGGUAAAAUGGGAAAAGUUCCUCUGCAAUAAUGUUCUUCAUUUAAAUGUGGCUGCAAGUGUUUCCUUCCCAGCACUUUAUGGUUUCAGUCAAAGUAAUCUCUUGGGCAAAAAACCGUAUGGCAAAUGUGAUCAAAAUGUGUGAAGUUCAGGCAUUAGACAAAUCUUUCUCACUGCUGCAGUAAGUGAGGCAAGGGUGGAUCCCCAGCAAGCGUGCAUCAGUCCAGGCCCAUGUCAUAUGAUGAAGCCUUGAGAAUUUGAUGAAGCUGUGAGAAUUUGCUCCAGAGGAGAGUCUUCCCACAGCCUGAAGCCAUUGCUGGUUGCUGCUGUUUGCUCUGGGUCUUCUUUAGGAUACAAGUUCCAGAGAUUGGUUUGGAAACUGCAGGAGCUGUUGCUUUGAGUAACUUUUAAGACAGCCUUUCCCUGCUGUGACACUUCAGCAGGCAGUUUGAGCUACUAAUCCCAUAUCAAUGUGUUAACUGUGUUUUCAACAAACAACAGGCAUUGAGGGAGAGGUUUUAAUGCUUCCCCUCAGCCAUUCUGCCAUGUGUCAUCUCUGCAGGCUGCAAUUCCAGGUUGGAAAAAAAUCUGAUCAAUUUAAAAACUGCCCUUGAUACCUUUUUUUUCCUGUAUUUUUCCUAAAAUUAUCUUUCCUUCAAACUGAAAUUAGUGGAGAAGAAAAACACAGUAAUGCACCGAAUCUCACUUCAUAUUUUACACAGCUUGUAACUGCUCAUAUGAACACUGUGUAAAAAUACAGAUCAGUGUGAUUCCUCAAAAGUAGAAAUAUGUAGGAUAUGCACUGAGGAAAAUGACCAGUCUGAGGAAACAGAAGGCCAUAAUGUGAACCUAGUUCAUCACAAUAAACUUUUCCCCCCUAUUUGGAAGCUGGGAAUAAAAUGGAUAAUAAAUUCUAUAAUACAUCCUGAGGGCAGGUUUUUUUAUGGGUAUUGCAUUGGCAAAGCCCCAAAUAGACAAUUAUGGUAUUUUGACUUCUCUAUAUAUCCAUUUUUAUUAGCAGAUUAUAUUAUUAUAAAUCUAAGCAAGCAUUUGAGUGCAAUAGUGAUCCAAGUAUGUCUCAGCUAUCACAUCCUCUAUCGUGUUUUUACUUGAGAAGCCAUUAGCACCUUCAAGUCAUGUUUGCUUUCUUUUAUUCAUACUAACUUUUAGUUUAUAUACUUCUCAGCUGAACUGAGAGGUACAGUGGGUGCCAGGGCAAAAUGUUUGUUCAUAGCAUCACAGCAGAGCUCUGCAGAUCACUGGAGUCCAUGGUUAUCCUGGAGCUACAAUAUCUGUUAACUUCGUCGCUUGGUAAGGUAGAGGACACAAAAUACAUGUUGCUGACACCUGCACUAACCUUAGUCUGAGGCUGAUUUGUUUUGAUUUCCAUUAAUACAGCUAAUUGAGUAAAUCUGGUAGCAGUUGUUGUCUAAAGCACAUCUUUCCCAGCUGGCCCCUAUUUUCCUGCUUUUCAAAAGGAGGGACAUGCAGGCUGAUCUGGGGCUCUUUCACCUUAGGAUCACCAUUUGCAGCAUUCAUUCCCUGGGUAUUUAGUACCUGGUGGUGUUACGGGUUUUGCAGAAGCAACAGCUGCUUUUCUUCUGUCGGGUGUCUGCUGUAUCGUAGAAUCAUUGAAUGGUUUGGGUUGGAAGGGACCUUAAAGCUCAUCCAGUUCCAACCCCCUGCCACAGGCAAAGACACCUUCCACUAGACCAUUUAGUGUCUGGAAGUCCACAUAGCAUUGACCCCUCAAGAUAGGAGCUGUUGUUUUGAAUGGCCUAAGUUAUGAACAGCCAUGUGAAGAGGCAUCUUUCCUGCUAGUGAAUGUGCAUUAUAUCUUGUAUGGUGCUUGUAUGGUGUAAGGAUCAUUCAGCCUUUUUGACAUAAAAAGGUCAAGCUACAGCUUUAUCUGUGUUGCAGACUUUUGGAUUUCUAUUUGAGGCCUGCGAGACUCGCCAUUUACUUUAAUUGGAAUUGGAUCAGGAUCACAGAGAAGUAAUUCCAUGGAAAUAUUGCCACACUGAAGGAAAGUUACUCUGCUUAAUAUAUGACGUUCAGUUUAAACCUGACAAUUAGUGCAGCGUGAGGUUGAGUAAUUACUCUGUUCAGUCUCAAACUCAUGUUUGUAUGCCUUGCUGUCAGAAUAUUUAGAAAUAGGCUGCAGUUUCAUGAAAGUUAGGGCUGUCUGACAUCUCCCUCCAUCCCCCCUCAGAUUCUGACUUCCUAUGCUAUUGCAACAUGCCAAAGCAGAAAUAUGCUGUCUUCCCCUGCCUUCUGCAUUGUCUGAUGUCCUAGAGUAUAACCUAUUGGGCAACUGUUCUCAGUGUUUAAUAUGAUUCAUUUGCUAACAUUUCCUAUGAAGACUGUAGCAGGUGACAGUGCGUAAAUGCUUUGAUUCUUUAGAAAUCAGGGAUAUAAGUCAUCUAGUUUUGGGAGGGGAAUGGAGAUGAGGAACAGUUGCUACAAGCUGUUGUGAUGUGCAGUGUCCAGUUAGCAGAAGGAUCAGAGCUUUAAAUAACCCAUGAGGUACACUGGCAUCACGCGAGGAACCAGGUUUCACACAUAUCUGAUCUCUGCUUCCCACAGCUACCGCCUGCAGUCACUGUAAUGCUUCCAACUGUUUGGGUCGCUUAAGAUGCUGACACUUCUCUCACAUUUACUACAGGGCAGUAUGUAGAUAUUAUCUGUGUUUCCUUCACAAAGGACUAGCAGGGUUUGGGAUAUUUUCUAUUUUAAACAGAAGUCAAUAAGAACACCUAUUUUUAUAGUGUGUUUGCCUUAUUUUACAAGUGUCCUAUUUGCUGAAUCCAACAAACUUUAUCUUUGUGUUCAUCUUUCUCAUAUGAUUGUAUUACUACUGUAGGUAAAUGGUACUUGAUGUAAUUCUGGACUCAAACACCCAUUGAAGUCAAUGGAAGUCUUUUAACUGACAAAAUGGAAUCUGCAUCGCAGUCCCUACUAAUAAAGGAGAGGCAAAAAAAAGAAGGAGAAAGGACUAGUGGCAAUGUGCAAAAAAACCCACAGAAGAUUCUUGAUGCCAGUAAGCAAGCAACCUGCAAUGCUCGUUUAUUCCAACCAGAAGAGAGCAAAAAAGAGGUGUUAUUGGGUGUCAAAGCUGAAGCUUUGCAGUGACUGGAAAUGAUGGUGUGGCUGCCCCUGCAGGACAGCUCUCGAGCAGGGAGGAUGACGGUGCACUCCAUUGAACAUGAUGCCACACUGCUCUCAUCUUUAUGUUCCUUGCUUUCUUUUCCCCCUCCAGAUUCCAUGUAAGUUGUCCAAAAGUACUUUACACCUGAAAGUGUGUUUUCAUGUGUUGCUUUUAGUUGCAUUUAUUUUACUUGACAGACUUCUUAUUGGUGCCUGCACCUCUGUUUUACACUAAUUUCUCUUUUUGUUGACUAAACAGAGUAACUAACUGCUGCAGUUAGUAGUGCUUAGGUAUAAUUUUGAUAACUCUGAAGCAGUGCUGUUAUUCUUAAUGGAAAAUAUAAUUUUAUUGGGGUCUUCUGUCAGUAUAAGUAUAAACAGGUCAUGUUGAUAAUCUUGUAAUAACGUUUUGUAGAUUGCAUAUUGAUUAAAAAAUAAAGUUGUGUUUCAAACUAGCA